UUUUGUUUUUUUAUUGAAAAAUAUUCUUUAACCUUUUUUGUUUGGACUAUGAGAUGUGCAACUCAAACCCUUCUGACAUUUUUUAUCAUUAUUUGGACAAAUUUUAGAUAUUUUCCUCCUAUUUUUCAAAAUCAGAAACCCCGAUCCCAAACACCCAACUCUGACUCGGAGUCUGGAUUAAAUUUACCCAUGAUGACGAAAAUUUUGGUUAUAUUAAAUAACCGUUGCAUGGAAUUUACUGGAAAUCUUUCAUAUUGGAUAAGAUUUACUUAAUCUAUAAAUCCCAUCCCGACCAAUUUUGCAAUCUCGACCUUGCCACAACUCAUCUUUGAAUAUUUUGUAUUUAUAUAUAUAUCAAUUAUAAAACGAGCAAUCUUUUCUAAUCCAAACAGUGAAUAUUUGACAAAUUUUAGAUAUUUUGUUUAAAAAAAUUCUAAAUUUCUAAUAAAUGGUUACAACUUCCCCAUUAUUCAUGCCACAAAAAACUCAACAAAUGCCAUACUACAAUAAUUAUUCAGAUGAAAAUAACAAUUGUUUUGUUCGAGGACAAGUUCAUUUAGAUCGGUGGUCUACUAAAAAAAUUGAUAAUUUGUCACAAGGAAAUGUCCAAAAUCUUCAUUUUCAUAAAGAACAUUCUCAAGUUUCUAAUCCAAACGGCGAGUAUUUGACAAAUUUUGGUGCUCCUUCUCAUUGGUUUGGUCGUUUACCUGUGAUGCCUUUUAAUUCAUUUAAUCAACAACAACAACAACCACAAUUCUAUAACCACACAAAUCAGCAACAAAAUCACUUCAAUGAAUAAUUAAUGCACAUGAAAAAAGCUAACUAUGCUAACUAUGAAAUAAUUAAUGCACAUUUCUCAACAAUAAACUGGAAUCUAGAAUAUAUUGGAAACAACAAACAUUCCCCACCGCCAAUUGUAGAGAAGGCUCCAUUUCCCCUACGAAGAGUUUAUUCUGCAAAUUCCCCAAAAUCACUAGGAAGACAGCAAAACAAUUGUAACAAAAAUAACAUUAUUUGGAGUUCACCUUUAAUUACUCCCAAAUAUGCCUUAAAUAAUAUAAUUGAAGAUAAAAGAAUUAAUAAUCAAUUCAAACAACAAAUAUUUAUCAACCCACAAAAACUUC